GCCAUAGCUGGAUGGCUCUGUGCUCCAUACAAACAAGUGUCGCCGUUUCUUCGGUGCUGUGUUCUUUACUUAUUUAUUAGACGGCGAUGGCAGGCAUUGGCCCAUGAGACUUUUGUUCGUGGCUCGGCUAUAGAUUUUGUCACGUUGUGUGAGGGGGAUUGUGACUAACGUAAAGCCUGCAUCAGUUAAUUGAAUGAGAGUCCAGAACUUGUGCUUAUGUUUGGUGUUGAACUCUAAUGCCGGAUUAUCCGUUUGUGUUAGCUUCAGAUAUUUUUAUUUAACUAGUUGUAGUGAAGAAUUGUUUGGAGCGUUGUGAUUCAGCCAUUUGUGAUUAAUGAAUUGAAGCAACAAAACUUGUAAACAUAAGCCAUGUGUUCUUGACUAGCUAAGCCAUUGAUCACUGUGCAUUUGGGACCAAUAGGCAUAUAGUGUAUAGAUGAAUAUCUAGAUGGGGAAAGUGUGCAUUCAUUAUUUGGUACAAACUGUGGUAGUGACAUGCGAAUCAAGGCUGGGGAGACCAAUGGGCUGCUGGGAAACAUGGAGAGCAAUCCCAUAAUGCAUGAAACCUUGCCCCAAGGCAGGAUGGGAAGGCUGAAGAAGGAGGUCACCUCUGGACUCAGUGACAUUGAUUCGCUGGGUUCUGCAGAUUCCAACUACAGUCAGCCAUCCUCAGAUAUUUCAUUAGAUGAAGAGAAGGAAGCACUGAGACGAGAGACAGAGAGGCAAGCCCUUACUCAAUUAGAGAAGGCCAAGGCCAAGCCAGUGGCGUUUGCUGUUAGAACCAAUGUGUCCUAUGAUGGCUCUGCUGAUGAUGACUCGCCUGUACAUGGCUAUGCUGUGUCUUUCGGUGUCAGAGAUUACCUCCAUAUAAAAGAAAAAUUUAACAAUGACUGGUGGAUAGGUCGGCUGGUGAAGGAAGGAUGUGAUGUCAGAUUCAUCCCGAGCCCUGCCAAACUUGAAAACCUGAAGACUCAGUCAGGUGGUGGGGGACGGCAAGGGAAGCUCUACACUAGCAAAACUAAUUCAUCUUCCAAUAUAGAUAAUCUGUUGAAUUCCUCCAAGCCAUCCAACUCAAGGGGGUCUACACCCCCCACCCCAGGUAUUGAGGAAACCCAAAAUGGUGUUGACAGUAAUGUUGGAGAAGACAGCGAUAGCCUGGGCAACUCCAAGUCUAGCAAAGCUAGUAUAACACCUCCAACCAAGGAGAAGCGGAAACCAUUCUUUAAAAAGUCUGAAAGUGCUCCUCCUUAUGAAGUUGUGCCUUCCAUGCGACCUGUUGUCUUGAUUGGCCCAUCUCUCAAGGGUUAUGAGGUCACUGAUAUGAUGCAAAAGGCACUUUUUGAUUUUCUCAAGCAUAGAUUUGAAGGCCGAAUAAUAAUCACAAGAGUUACUGCUGACAUCUCCUUGGCUAAGCGAUCUUUACUGAAUAACCCAAGUAAGAGAGCUAUCAUGGAGAGAACAAAUCCAAGGGCCUCUGGUUUAGCGGAGGUUCAGGCAGAGAUAGAGCGGAUCUUUGAGUUAGCCAGAGCAUUGCAAUUAGUUGUCUUAGACUGUGACACAAUAAAUCACCCGUCACAGCUAGCCAAAACCUCACUUGCACCCAUUGUUGCAUAUGUGAAAAUUUCUUCACCAAAGGUUUUACAGAGAUUGAUAAAGUCAAGAGGCAAAUCUCAGUCUAGGAACAUGAAUGUACAGUUGGUAGCUGCAGACAAGCUAGCUCAAUGUGCCCCUGAAAUGUUUGAUGUGAUACUGGAUGAAAAUCAGCUGGAUGAUGCAUGUGAGCACUUAGCAGAAUUUCUCGAGGCAUAUUGGAGGGCCACACACCCCCCUAACAUGAGUCCGCCAUCCCCUCACAGUCCUCACAGAGGACCUACCAGCUCCUCUAUGCCUCUAGCUAGACACAACACAGCCCCUGCUAGUCACAUGUCUCACAGUAGGUCAGGGAGCCUUGAAAGAGUGAACUCCCCUGACAGUGACCGCCACCACCGUGAACACAGCAGCCACCACCAUCACCAUGACAGGCAGGGAAGCAGUCGCCACCAUGAUGAUGACUAUGACAGUGAUCGCCAUGGCGACCACCAUAGGUCACAUGAUCAUGGCCAUGAUCACAGCCACACUUCCCCUCGGGGGUCUAAGUACCCUGUUCGUCAAGGGAGUAUAGACAUUUAGCAGCACGGAGCAUCAUACACCAUUCUACCAUAAGUGUGAAUAAUCUCAACAGUACACUUUGCUUUGAAGUGAUUAUGUAUGCAUUCAAGCAACAAAGAACUUAUUUGUAUGGAGAAAAAGGAUUUGCAAAAAAAAAAAACUUUUUUUUCGAAAUUUCUUGUCAAUAAUUUUUUCUCUAGAUUGUUUUUCUCUACUAAAAGUGACGGCAUAUUUGAACUAACUGUAUAGUGUCCACUGUACUGUGGAUAAGCCAGGGCUAGAAACUAACUACUAAUUCAAGGACAGACUCAUCUGGAUACUAGUUUGUGUUCUUUUAAAGCUCCUUCAUCUUCAAAAUAUGAUGUUUCAAAUCAUUUCUUUAUACACAUGUUUACGUAACAUAAACCAUUUCAAAGUGAAAAGUUUGAUGAAAAAGUUGAAGAAUUCUCACCGUUUUUUUACAUGACGAAGCAAAUGUAAUCUAGAACUCAUUUCUUAAACUAACCAAGACUAGGGUAUCCAGUUUCUACCAAUACAACGCAACUUUUCUAACCUCGCUCCACCCCCCACACCCCAGCUGAGAUACUGUAUCAUUGAUUCAUCUUUUGUACAGUUUUUUUUUUUACUCUCAAUAUUAUUGCACUGUGUAAUUCUUGUGUGUGAUAAAACACUGACAGAUGAUAUUCACUGGCUAUGUUGAGACCCAUCUCUACGUAGGUGGGUUAUUGCUCUACAACACAAAACUAAACUUACCAUGAAUGUUGGUGGUUGAUUUUUUUAUCGUUUAGUUAUUUAAGUCAUUUUCUGCAGUAAAAAAAAAAAUUGAAAAAUAUAGUCAGAAUAAUUUUUUAAGAAAUGAGAUUUUUAAUUUAAGAUCUUAUUUAUUUUAUUUUUUGGAGUUCUAUCACUCCAAGAGUAGACAUUUGUUUGUCGGAAUUAUUUAUUUAUUGCAGAUUUUGACGGGUUGUGCAAUACUGACAAAAUGAUGUGAGAGUUAGUCAGAUGGUUGUGUUUGAAGAUGGUUGUAAAUUAUGAAGAAAGUAUUACUUUUCAUGUAUCUUAAGUUGUCAACUUUUUUUUAAUUUGUCAGCAAAGAUACUAAACUAUCUUGGUGGGUUUGUGAUGGCAUUAACUUUUAUUUGUAAAGUUAGAAAAUUUUACUUGUUUAUCUCCCCUAGUGAAAUUAGCCUAAUUUGCUCCCUGGAAUUUGUGCAAUAUUUUUUUCACAUGUUUACAAUGUGCAUGUUUUCUGUGUGUGAAUCAUGUAGGAAGAUGGAGCCACUCAGAUCUGAUAUUUAUUUUUUGGGCUUUUGUUCUAGUAAGUAAUGCUGGCAUUACUUUUUUGUGAUGUUUAUUUAUUUUAGCCUGUGGUAACCAGGUUUUUGUAGCUUGAUUUUUUUUUUUUUGUGAUAACUUAGUUGGUUCUGCAAGAACUGAUGUGUGUAGUGAUUGAAGACUGGGAUUAUUUAGCACGACACAGUACAUGUGCUGGAGACAAUGCUUAAAAUGCUUCCAUUUUGGUUUUAUAGCUUUAGAACAAAUACAACUUCCACUCAUAGGAAUUUUUUUUUUUCUGUACCUCAAAAUCUGGUCGUCAUUAAUUCCAAAAUUACCAUUUAUAAUUUUUAUUUUUUUUUUUACAUGUAAAUUUUUUGUGUGACUUAGAUUGUGCAAUUGCUAUUUUUAUUUUACACCACUAAGCCAUUGAAAAUGUACAAAACCAAAUGUAAAUUUUUCAUGUUAUUAAAAAAAAACAGUUUUAAACUUUACUUGUAUACUUUAUUAAUUUUUAUAGCAUAGAAUUGAAUUCUACUGGAAAACCAACUCAAACCUAGGAAUAACUCAAUUCCACGCAAAUUAUAUGAUUCCUUAAUAUAGCAUUUACUAUAAUUAAUUAUACUGAAUAAUUACUCUUGUAAUGAGGGCAAAUUUGAGCUUACAGUGGGCAUAAACCUGGUCCACAAACUCCACUUAUCCCCUUAAUGCUAGUGAUCAAUUCUUUAAUACAAGUAUUGUUUCUCUUAGGAUGUACAUAACUUUUUAUAUUUAUUUACUGUAUUUUCCUGACAAUUUUACACAUGUGUAACUGUGUGUGUGUGUACUUGAAAUGUGUGUGUUAACACACUUACACAGAUAAGAAGUAAACUUGAAUGCCAGUAAGCAGGGGUUGAAAUGUCUUGCAUCAGUGUACAAGCAUCAUUGUGUUCUCUUUUUCUUCACUGCGUGUUUUCAAGGUGUGAGUACUUAUGUGUAAAUAAACUGUACCAUUAUCUACAUGACCUCUCUUUGGUUGUGACAUGUUUGCCUCAUCAAACCUAGAACACCUCUCAUGCACUCUCCAGCUUCCUGGUAUGUGGAGGAACUUCUCUCCCUUGCCUGGGCACUACAGAGUUAACUUUAAACUUUUUAUUUGAAGAGUGAGUUGUUUUUUUUUUUAAUGUAACUAUAAGCUAGGUUUGUUUUAUCAGAAUAAACUUUUUUUAAACCUAUACUACUAAAAUGAUUUUUAUUUAUUUUAUUACCCUGCAUGUUGUAUCAAAGAAAACUAAUUAUCUCCCUUUAUGGGAAGUUAAUAAUGAUUUUAAAACAGGACAAGAGAGUUAAGUUCCUCCCAUCAUUUCUCCUCCAUGUUGGUGCAUGUGAUGGCUGCAUGCUAGCAUGUGUGCCUUGAACCAUCAUCCCAUCUUGUGGAGCUUGUUGCCUCCUGCAUCAGGUGAAAGGGUAGACUACUCUUUUGUUUGAGAUUUUUACCCUGCGUGGUACCUCUCCAUUUGAUUCCUCACCUUGGGAGUGAGCUCUCAAUUUUUUCCAGCACUGAAUGUUUGUGUUCCCUCCCUUGUGUCUUGUCUGAAUGUUGGCUUUGUGUCUCCUUUGUCUGCCUUAAGUCUUGUGUCUCCUUUGUCUGCCUUAAUGUUUGUCUUGUGCCUCAUUUGCUUGAAUGUUCACAUUGUGUCUGCCUAAAGUCUGUCUGAAUGUUUGUCUUGUAUCUGCACGAUUUCUGUUUGUUUUCCAUCUCCUUUGUCUGCCUAAAGAUUGUUGUGUGUCUGAUCAGAUUGUGAAUGUUUGUCUUGUGUCUGCCUAACUAAUAGCUGUGUGUUAAUCAGUGAAUAAAGACAACAUGAAAAUGGUUUUUUAGAUCAACUUUGUAUCAUCUCCACUUGUAACUUUUUCAACUUAGUUCAUUUUAGAGAGCAUCCAUUUGAUUUCCCAACCAGUUUUGCUGUUUCUUGAACUAAGCACAUCUUUGAGGUGUAUUGUGAAAUCUCUUAUGUAACUUCCAACUUUUCCUUUUGAGGUGUUCUUGUCCACAAAAACUGGAGCAAUAUCUUUUCCAUGGUGCCAUGUUCUUCAACAGUAACCAGAGCUCCCAUUCUAGUUUCCAACAUUUUUGUGUGCUUUUUUAAAUGGGGUUUUUUUUUUACUAGUUGAAAAUAUUUAUUUUAAAAUAGAUUUGUAUAAAAAUACAAUCAUAAUAUACAUUUUCAUUACAUUAAUUUUUUAAAAUUUGAAGUCUGCUUGAAUGGUUUGUUUGUUAGUUUAAAAUUACAGAGCCAUGAAAAUGUAUGUUUUCAAUUUUUUUUUAAUCAUUACAUUGGAGAUUGGGUUUGCAUUGAAAUUAUAAACAACACAGAAAGUAUGUGACAUCGUAUUUCCUCUAAAAUAGUUUUGAAAUUAUCUCCAAUUGAUGAAAAACGAAUGUUGAAAAUUGAUACAUUUCCCCCUUCCACUUUGGUUGAGGUUCUUGUAAAUUUUCUUGUCAUGCACUGUGCUGUAUUAAUGUGCUGGAUCUUCUUAUGUGUGGGGGAUAUGGAAGUUUGAUUGUUGGUGAAAUGUGAACUAAACAACAGCAAGACUUGUCUGUCUUCCUUGUAAGAUGGGUGAAAGAAAUGUUGUUAUAUGUGCCAUUCUUUGAUAAAAUCUGGCUGGUGAUGGACAUAUUUCUUCCAGUCUCGUCAAAUUUCUUGUGCUGAAGUUUGAGGCCACUUACCUGGCUCCACGUUUUAAUUUGAUAACAAACAAAUGCUUGUGUGAGAGCAUUCAUGCAUGAUAUACCAAGGGUUUACAGAAGAGUCUUAGAUUGUGAACUCUUUAAAUUAUUCAUUUCCUUGAUUGGUAUGAAACACACAUGUGUUAAUAAUCAUGUUUUUUUUUUUUAAAUAUCCCUCAACUGUGAUAUUUAUAAAUAAGGAUGCCCCAGAUUUUUUUUUUCUUCACACCAUCAAAUAAACAUCUUCACUACUGUUUUUCUUCUAUUUUUGAACUACUUUUCUAAUGCCCACAACAGUAAGUCUGGGUGAUUUGUGGUUUUAGACUGCUAGAGACUGAGAAAAUGCUCAUAUUUUAGCAGCUAGAAAAAAAAAUCUGGUAA